AUGGACAGCCGUCUGAGGUCACGCCAGGUAGGAGCAGGGGCCAAGCGGGACACGCUGGCGGCUCAGCUCGAAGAGGAUCCUUCUCUCUCGAGCACCCGCCGCUCCCAGCGGGCUGCCCAACACGCAAAUUCCAUGUCCAAGAACCUAUGGGAACGUCGCGUUGUAUUAGCCAACGAAAGGAUAUCUCAGCUGGAAGCACAGAUUAUCGAACGGGAUGCUGCACAUGCUCGAUUACAGGCCGAAAAUGGGAGACUUGUUGAGAAGGAGAAGGCUGCUAGAGAAGCAAAGGCUUCGUUAGAGACUAAUGUUACCAAGCUUAAAGAAGAUGCAGCGGCUAGUACGGCUGCCUGGGCCACCAAACUGCGAAAAUUGACAGACUCCAAUGCCGAGUUCCAAGAUGCGAAGGAAGAAUUGGCCAAUACUGUCCAGUCUUUAGAAUCCAAAGUUUCUCUUUUGGAAAGAAAGCUAUCAACAACCGAGAGUGAACUAGAAGCGUCACAGACCCAGCUCACCAUUCGACAAAAUUUGACCAACACACUACGAGACCAGUUGGACGAAGUGUUAUCGGAGAACAAAAUUCUAAAGGCCAACAGUUCUGGGGCAAAUGCCGGCCGAGACAAAGAAUGGACAGUGAUCAAGGAUGAACUUGCUCGGCAAACAUCUCAUAUUACCCAGCUCACCCGCCACAAUGCCCAGCUCACACGACAACUUCAAGCACAGCAAAACGCCGAAAUCUUAGCCGAGGAAAACCGGUCGUUGCAAACCAAAGUCACAGAGCUCAAUGCCGAGGUUCAACGAAUGGCCAAGACCGAGGCCGAGUUGCGUGUUGCUGCCAGUGCUUCCACCCGUACCCGGGCUGAGCAACAGGUCGAGAAGGAGAAGGAAGAGUUAGAAGUCGAGGUGACCAAGCUGCGCGUCCAGAAUGCCAAGUUAUUGGACGAAGUUGGGGAGCUGAAGAGUAAUGUUGGAAAAGUCAAAUCCAAAUUGAGCGGAACGAACAAUGUCUUGGGCAGAGAAGGCGAGGACGCUGAUGAUGUGGAAGACGAUUCUGAAGCUCAGAUUGCGGAUUUGGAGGCGGAGGUAGAGAGGAUGAGAGGCAUAGUUGCGGCGUUGCAGGUCAAAGUCCGUAUUGGCUCCGAAGAGAGAAAGGUGCUUCGAGGGAUUUUGUCUACCACUUAUGCCGAUGCCGAUGAUGCUCUGACAGCUCGCGUUGAACAGCUGGAGAAGUUGUUGGAGCAGAAAGACGCAGAGGCUGCAGCCGACUCUGUCGAUAUGUCGAUGCGCUCGCAAAUUGGAGAUGCGACGUUUAGCACCGUUCGAUGGGAGGCUAUUAGGGAACGAGAAAAGAGGGAAAAGGUCGAAGAAGAAAUGGCCGAACUCACGAAGCAGAUCGAAGCGCACGAAGAAACAAUCGAGCAACUCGAACAGACGCUGUUCGAAUUGCGUGGUGAGAUUGCGGCUGGUACUCACGAUGAACCGGGUACUCGUACACUUCAACUUGCUGACAAUCCCGAGGCUCGGUGGUUCGCUAUGAGGGAGGAAGAAGUAGGAAGGAUGAAGGAGGAAAUCAACGUCUUGCGAGCUCGUAUUACCGAGGGAGGGUCAGGGGUAGCGACGGCUGCAGAUGGAGGUGAUGGGGUCCCACGAGAGACAUACGAGAAUCUACAAAGGGAGAAGGAAGAACUUGAAGAAGUUGUAAGGCAAAAGGAGAAGCGACUUUUGCGCUUGAAAUCGGUCUUCCAAUCCAAGGCGGUUGAGUUCCGAGAUUCGAUAUCAUCGCUGCUCGGAUAUAAGCUCCAUUUCGAGCCGAAACACGUUCGUUUGACCAGCGUCUAUGACCGGGAUAUCGAUCUCAAGUUUGCGUCUGGGGGUGGAAACCAGGCCGUUAUGGGACCUAUCCGAAUUGGCGGUGGUGCCCAAAACAAGGAAGAGAUUGAAACUCAAGUAUUAGAGCUAAAAUCCAUCUGGGUCGACCAAAAACAAAAUGUCCCGUGUUUCUUGGCUCAAUUAACGAUGUAUGCAUACGAGCGCGCCGAGAUGGGAUUGAGUGAUUGGGCUGGAUUGGACGGUUAA